AUGCUCAACACCCUGCUGGUGUUGUAUGUGUUCUGCUUCUCCCAGAUGGGCGUUGCCAUCAUCGUGUUCACCGCGCUGGUACGCGUGGCGACCAUACCCCUGACUGUGCGUCAGUUGCGGCAAAUGCGCGCCAUGACGGGCAUGCAGCCCCGGGUCCGCGAAAUCCAGCAACGUUACGAGGGCGACCGUCAGCGAAUCUCCCAGGAGACCAUGCGGCUCUACCGCGAAAGCGGGGUGAACCCAAUCGGUUGUCUGGGCCCGUUGAUAGUGCAGAUGCCCAUCCUGAUCGGUUUGUUCCGGGUCCUGAUCCUUACCCUGUUCAACAACCCGGAAGACUUGGUGAAGCUUUCGGACAAGCUGUAUUCCUGGAUCACCUUCGCCCCGAUCCAUUCGGCGGUGCCGGUCAACAACACCUUCCUCUGGCUCGACCUCAGUCAGCCGGACCCGUCGCCCAUAGUUAUGCCCAUUUUGGUCGCUGUGACCACUUGGGUGCAGCAGAAAAUGACGCAGAUGCCGUCUCCGGACCCGCGUCAGCAGUCCAGCCAAACGAUGAUGUUGUGGAUGAUGCCCAUUUUCCUUGGAGCAUUCUCCCUGGGCUGGCCCAGCGGACUGCCCCUUUAUUGGGUGGUUUCCAACCUCAUCGGCAUCACGAUCCAGGCGCGGAAGAAGCCGCGCCGUCAGUCCCGGCUCCCGAACCGCAGGAGAGUAGACCCGAUGGAUCAGAUAGUGCAAACCGGGAGAACCGUAGAAGAGGCCGAAGAGCAGGCGCUCGCAGCUCUCGACGCCGACCGCAGCGAGGUAGAGGUCGAAAUACUAAAUAGGGGCCGUCAGGGGUUCCUGGGCAUCGGCGGCGAGCUGGCCGAGGUCCGCGUCACUCGCAUCGGCGCCGCUCCACCCGCGGCCCCCGAAUACGCCGAACCCGACGAGAAUGCGCCCGACGAUGACGAACCGGCGCGGGACGACGAACCCGCGGUGGCCGAUGCGCCGGCUCCGGUUCUGGCGAUAACCCCGGGCACCCCCGCGGGAACCGCCGUGCAGGCCAUCCAGCGUAUCCUCACCGCCGUCGGCGCCGAAGUCGACGUGACCCUACGCUCUGAGCACGACGAGUUGGCCGGCGGGCCCGUGAUCGACAUCAAUGGUCCCGACUCCGGGCUAUUGAUCGGCAGACGGGGCAAUACCCUGCAUUCGCUCCAGUUCAUCGUCCAGAGCAUCGUGCGCCAGCAGUAUGAUGAGGACGUCCGGAUUUCUCUGGAUGUCGAACAGUACCGCCAGCGUCGCGAGGAUUCCCUCCGCGAGAUGGCUGACCGCGUCGCCGACCGCGUACUACAGACCGGCCGCAGCAUUACGUUGGAGCCCAUGGCUCCUUCUGAUCGCCGGGUAAUUCACCUGUAUUUGGGCGAGCGCGAAGGUGUCCGCACCGAAAGCGUCGGGUUUGGCGACGCCCGUAAAGUGCAGAUUAUCCCGGAGCGGGACUGA